AUGGACGCCUUGGAAAAGCGCUUCCACCUAGAGAACGUACCUUAUGAUAAAUUAACCUUACCCUACCAGCACCAAAACAUCCGGCCCCCAAUCUCAACCGGCCGCAUUCUCGCCCACGGUCUCGAAACCAUCGCAGACCCCUCCCCUCGCACCAAACAUCCGAGCCUAACUGCCCCAACUACCUCGAACCAUUCGCGUCAACAAGCAACAGCAGCAGCACCUCCAAGACAGGCAACGAGCAAACAGCCAUCCACUCCGCCAGCCUGCGUUCCUGGCUCUCCUCCAAAUCCCCCUGCCCAAUGUGCCGCGCCCCGCUAUUCCACCCCUUCUCUGACGUUGAGAGGAGUCUGGAGUUGUUUCACCGGAUCCAAGGGGGUUGGAUGAGAUCUGGGACAGGGCUGGGGCGAUGUGGGCGCGGGCCUAGUGCGCGUGCAGGCUUGAAUGGUCGGCGAUGACAAGGUCAGUAGCGAGAUUUAGUAAUCGCAAGACGAUGAUCUUGCAGGAAGACUGAAAGGAUAGAAA